UUAUCUUUCAUCCGAAGAGAAACCUUAUCGGGAAAUUUUACGAUCUUUUCAUUAGCACAACUGCCAGUUCAUAAUAUCGUGUAAAUUUUUCUUGUAUCCGAAUUUUAAAGUUGAGAACCGACAAUUGUAUAAGUUAUUUUGAAAUGGAUGCUCUGGGAAAGAGUCUACCCAUUGUGACAGGCAUUGGGAUUGUUGUUUUGACUGCAGUUGCUGCGAAGCUGUAUUUCAACUGGUUGCAACCAAAAGACAAAUCAACCAAACAGAAGGAACUGAUAACACUGCUUGAUCCACAAACCAAGUAUCCCUUAAAGUUGGUUGAGCGCCAUUUUAUUAACCAUGAUACUAGAAGAUACAGAUUUGCUCUCCCUUCUCCUCAGCAUGUUCUUGGUCUUCCUGUUGGACAGCAUGUCUAUUUGUCAGCAAGAAUAAAUGAGCAGCUUGUAGUUCGUCCUUAUACACCUGUUUCAUGUGACGAGGAAAAAGGAUAUUUUGAUUUAGUUGUAAAGGUUUACUUCAAGGAUGUUAACCCUAAAUUUCCUGAAGGUGGAAAAUUGACACAGUAUUUAGAAAAACUUCCCAUAGGAGAUUCGAUUGACGUCAGAGGGCCAUCUGGAUUGUUAAUACACCAAGGCAUCGGGUUGUUUGCUAUAAAGCCAGACAAAAAAUCACCACCUUUUAACGUGGCUUUCAAAAAGUUGAACAUGAUUGCAGGUGGAACUGGAAUUACUCCUAUGUUGCAGUUAAUCCGGCAGAUUUUGCGAAAUCCAGAUGACACCUCUUGCAUGGCCCUUCUGUUUGCAAAUCAGACCGAGGCCGACAUUUUGUUACGUGACGAAUUAGAAGAAGCUGCUUCGAAAAACCCUGACCGACUUCGGUUAUGGUAUACUGUCGAUCGCCCUUCAGAUGGUUGGAAAUAUAGCACUGGCUUUGUGUCUGCUGAGAUGAUUGCUAGCCAUUUGUAUCCGCCUGCUGAUGACACUUUUGUUGUCAUGUGUGGGCCUCCUCCCAUGAUCAACUUCGCAUGCAUUCCGAAUUUGGAUAAAUUAGGAUAUUCUCCAAAAUUGAGAUUCGCUUAUUAAAGUAAAUAAAAACUGCCUGAAAUUGCAUUUAAGGUCCGUGAUGUAUGCUUCCGGAAGAAACACAAUAAGCAAUACAAGUUUUUCUUAGUGAGA